GAAGAUGUCCGAGAACCUAUCGAUCGUUCGCAGCAGACUCAACCGCCCUCUCACCUAUGCUGAGAAGGUCCUAUAUUCACACUUGGACGAUCCGCACAACCAAGAGAUCGAGCGUGGUGUCUCAUACCUCAAGUUGCGACCCGACCGAGUGGCAUGCCAAGAUGCCACUGCACAGAUGGCUAUCCUCCAGUUCAUGUCGGCUGGCAUGCCCUCUGUUGCUACCCCGACUACUGUCCACUGUGAUCACUUGAUUGAGGCUCAGAUUGGUGGUGACAAAGAUUUGGAUCGAGCGAAGAGCAUCAACAAGGAAGUCUAUGAUUUCUUGUCAACCAGCUGUGCCAAGUACAACAUCGGUUUCUGGCGACCUGGCUCUGGUAUCAUCCAUCAGAUCAUCCUCGAGAACUACGCUUUCCCCGGUGGUUUGAUGAUCGGUACCGACUCUCACACUCCCAAUGCAGGCGGUCUUGGCAUGGCUGCCAUCGGUGUCGGUGGUGCUGAUGCUGUCGACGUUAUGGCCAACCUGCCUUGGGAGUUGAAGGCUCCUAAAGUUAUUGGCGUCAAACUUACCGGCAGGAUGUCCGGAUGGACCACUCCCAAGGACAUCAUCCUGAAGGUUGCCGGUAUUCUGACUGUCAAGGGCGGUACGGGUGCUAUCGUCGAGUACCACGGACCCGGUGUUGAAUCGCUUUCUUGCACUGGCAUGGGCACUAUUUGCAACAUGGGUGCUGAAAUCGGUGCCACCACCUCCAUGUUCCCCUUCAACGACCGCAUGUACGACUACCUGGAAUCCACCAAGCGCAAGAGAAUCGGAGACUUGGCUCGCGCCUAUGCCGCAGAGCUUCGCGAAGAUGAGGGCGCCGAAUACGACCAAUUGAUCGAGAUCAACCUGGACGAACUUGAACCUCACAUCAACGGCCCCUUCACUCCUGACCUGGCUACACCUAUCUCCAUGUUCAAGGACGCAGUCAAGGAGAAUAAAUGGCCUGAGGAACUCAAAGUUGGCUUGAUCGGUUCUUGCACCAACUCAUCGUACGAAGACAUGAGCCGUGCUGCUUCUAUUGCAACAGAUGCCAUGGACCACGGCGUCAAGGCCAAGGCCUUGUUCUGCGUUACGCCAGGUUCUGAGCAGGUCCGUGCCACCAUCGAGCGUGACGGUCAACUCAAGACUUUUGAAGACUUCGGUGGUAUCGUCCUUGCCAAUGCUUGCGGUCCAUGCAUCGGUCAAUGGGACCGAAAGGACGUCAAGAAAGGUGAACCAAACUCGAUUAUCUCAUCAUACAACCGAAACUUCACUGGCCGCAACGACGCAAACCCAGCAACUCACUCGUUUGUUACCUCUCCGGAUCUCACUGUUGCGAUGACCAUUGCAGGAAGUCUCUUCUUCAACCCACUUACCGACACCCUCAAGGACAAAGACGGCAACGAGUUCAAGCUGAAGGAACCUACAGGUGAUGCCUUGCCCAAGAACGGAUUCGACCUGGGUCGUGACACCUACCAAGCACCACCUGAGGAGCGUUCGCAAGUUGACGUUAAGGUAUCUCCGACAUCUGACCGUCUUCAGAUCCUGGAGCCUUUCGAGGCCUGGGAUGGAAAGGAUCAGGUUGAUCUUCCCAUCUUGAUCAAGACAAAGGGAAAGACCACUACUGAUCACAUCUCUAUGGCUGGCCCUUGGCUGAAGUACCGUGGUCAUCUUGACAACAUCUCCAACAACAUGUUGAUUGGUGCCAUUAACGCCGCCAACGGUGAGGCCAACAAGGUCAAGAACUUCAAAACUGGUAAAGAGGAUGCCGUCCCAGCCACUGCCCGUCAAUACAAGAAGGACGGCAUCAAGUGGGUGGUAGUUGGUGACUGGAACUACGGUGAAGGAUCAUCUCGAGAGCACGCUGCCCUUGAGCCCAGACAUCUUGGUGGUAUCGCCAUCAUCACCCGAAGCUUUGCCCGUAUCCACGAAACGAACUUGAAGAAGCAAGGCAUGUUGCCCUUGACCUUCUCCAACCCUGAAGACUACGACAAGGUCAACCCUGACGACAAGGUCGAUUUGCUCGUUACUAAGUUGGAAGUUGGCAAGCCUUUGACCAUGGUGGUACACCCCAAGGAUGGUGAGAAGUGGGAGUGCGAAUUGUCGCACACCUUCAACGAGGGUCAACUCGAAUGGUUCAAGAACGGCAGUGCUUUGAACACCAUGGCGAAGAAGCAUGGACAUUAAGCGAGUAAAUUUGGCUGAGGAGUUAUCAUCAACAGAGUGUCCAUACAAUGGUAUUUGGGAAGCGGCUCGACUAGCGAAGAUUGAGGUUCGAGUCUCAGUAGCAGUGCUGGGGAGGACGAAUCGGAGCGAGACUGAAGACUUGGGGAUGGCAUGUGGUCUGAAGGGAUUCUGCAAGCACGAAGUCAUGUAUCUUCAGUCAAUAGCAAGAAUACCAAUUGUGUACUGUUUUCGACCCAAGCAUUUUAUGUUCUUUGCAGGGGG